GGGAACAAACUUCGGAAGGAGGAGAGACACGGGGUCCAGGGCACCCUCGAGGGCGGACCCGGGCAGUGAGGGCCUGUGGCCGGCCGGCCAGGUAUGCCGCCCAGGGGUUGGCUGAAAGCUGAGGCCUGGGGAGGAGGUCUAAGGCGGCGGGCCGGAGUCUCAUACCCGUGCCCCGGGUCUGUGCAGGGCAGCGGCGUGGCGGCGGGCGCGGCGCGGACCUGCGUGAGGAAGCCCUGAGCCCUCGGCGGGCUGCGAGCGACUCUCCGGGAUGCCUCACAACUCCAUUAGAUCCGGCCACGGAGGGCUGAACCAGCUGGGAGGGGCCUUUGUGAAUGGCAGACCCCUGCCUGAAGUGGUGCGUCAGCGCAUCGUGGACCUAGCCCACCAGGGCGUGAGGCCUUGCGACAUCUCCCGCCAGCUCCGUGUCAGCCAUGGCUGUGUCAGCAAGAUCCUUGGCAGGUACUACGAGACUGGCAGCAUCAGGCCUGGAGUGAUAGGGGGCUCAAAGCCUAAGGUGGCCACCCCCAAGGUGGUGGAGAAGAUCGGGGACUACAAGCGGCAGAACCCAACCAUGUUCGCCUGGGAGAUCCGAGACCGGCUCCUGGCUGAGGGUGUCUGUGACAACGACACUGUGCCCAGUGUCAGCUCCAUUAACAGAAUCAUCCGGACUAAAGUGCAGCAGCCAUUCAACCUUCCCAUGGACAGCUGCGUGGCCACCAAGUCCCUGAGCCCAGGACACACGCUGAUCCCCAGCUCAGCUGUGACGCCCCCAGAAUCUCCGCAGUCGGACUCUCUGGGUUCUACUUACUCCAUCAAUGGGCUCCUGGGGAUCGCCCAGCCUGGCAGCGACAGCAAGAGGAAGAUGGAUGACAGUGACCAGGACAGCUGCCGGCUGAGCAUUGACUCCCAGAGCAGCAGCAGCGGGCCCCGCAAACACCUCCGCACGGACACCUUCAGCCAGCACCACCUCGAGUCGCUCGAAUGCCCCUUUGAUCGGCAGCACUACCCGGAGGCCUACGCCUCCCCCAGCCACACCAAAGGCGAGCAGGGUCUUUACCCGCUGCCCUUGCUCAACAGCGCCCUGGACGACGGGAAGGCCACCCUGACCCCCUCCAAUACACCCUUGGGGCGCAACCUCUCGACUCAUCAGACCUACCCCGUGGUGGCAGAUCCUCAUUCACCCUUCGCCAUAAAGCAGGAAACCCCCGAGGUGUCCAGUUCUAGCUCCACCCCUUCCUCUUUAUCUAGCUCCGUCUUUUUGGAUCUGCAGCAAGUCGGCUCCGGGGUCCCAGCCGGUGCCUCGGUCCCGCCCUUCAAUGCCUUUCCCCAUGCUGCCUCCGUGUACGGGCAGUUCACGGGCCAGGCCCUCCUCUCAGGGCGAGAGAUGGUGGGCCCCACGCUGCCUGGAUACCCACCCCACAUCCCCACCAGUGGACAGGGCAGCUAUGCCUCUUCUGCCAUCGCAGGCAUGGUGGCAGGAAGCGAAUACUCUGGCAACGCCUACGGCCACACCCCCUACUCCUCCUACAGCGAGGCCUGGCGCUUCCCCAACUCCAGCUUACUGAGUUCCCCAUAUUAUUACAGUUCCACAUCAAGGCCGAGUGCACCGCCCACCACCGCCACGGCCUUUGACCAUCUGUAGUUGCCAUGGGGACAGUGGGAGCGACCGAGCCACGGGAGGACUCAGCCUGGGACAGGCCCCCGAGAGUCACACAAAGGAAUCUUUAUUUAUUACAUGAAAAAUAACCACAAAUCCAGCAUUGCGGCUCCCUCCCUGUGUGGUUGAUUCAGUGAACCAUGAGAGACAGGACGAUGGUGGAGGAGACGCCACCGGUCCUCCGGGACUCCUUAAUGAGGGACAAGAGUCCCAGGGGGACAGACUGUCCCAUUCCAAAGAGACAGAAUCGGAGGAGAAAUGUGGAGAAGAGGGCUGGAGAGGGAUGGCCCUUGGGGCCCACCACGGGCUCGGGGGCACACGGAGGCGCCUCUGUGGCUCCAUUGUUGACACGCUCUAGCGGCCAUGGGCUGUGAGCACGUCCGCCCAGCCCGCAGCCGCAGUGGGUGCGAAGGCUCACCCCCAUCACCACCCUGGGAGGCACUGCCUGCUCUACACAGCUUGCUUGGCUCUUCCUGCUCGUCCCUCCUGGUCACGGGCUCAACCCUGGGUCCAGCCAACCAGGAGCUCCACCCGGUGGUCAGGGUGGUCAGCCACCUGCCUUCCCCUUCCCUGCUGCUGUGAAUGUACCAGUUCCAUCCCAGGGGCUCCCCUGCUGCGGAGGAUCCACCCCUCUCCUUGGCAGCCAGACCAGCCCAUUACAGCUGGAGACAGACAUUCCAAAGCACCCCUCCCACCCCGCCCCGGGCUCCGGGGGGUGGGGUGCAGCCUUGCCCAGAGUAGAACCAGGCACGUAACUGGGGACCCCGCCUCCUGCUCCCAACAGCCCUGCCAAACCCACAGCUACCGAGAGACCCUGACACAACACCCCCACAUUUCCCUCUCUGGGCCCCACAGCUCCCGCUCCCCCCCACCCCCACCAGGCCUGACUGUAAAUACUGUAAAUGAGCCUCAGCUUAAGCAAACUACCCCUUUCCUCUCAGUGUCGUUUCCCUGCCAUGUCCGGCUUCUCUCCUUGAUGCUUCUUUCUUUUUUAAAAAGACAACCCACCAUUGCCAUAUGACUCAAUAAACCAUUGCUCUUGG